CUCAAAUGGCUCCUGCAAAGAAAGGUGGCGAGAAGAAGAAGGGACGCUCUGCCAUCAAUGAGGUGGUGACUAGGGAGUAUACCAUCAACAUUCACAAGCGGAUCCAUGGCGUGGGCUUCAAGAAACGAGCACCGCGUGCUCUCAAGGAAAUCCGUAAAUUUGCAAUGAAAGAAAUGGGUACUCCUGAUGUUCGCAUUGACACCAGAUUGAACAAAGCAGUCUGGGCUAAAGGAAUAAGGAACGUUCCUUACCGUAUCCGUGUGCGUUUGUCCAGAAAGCGCAAUGAGGAUGAAGAUUCACCAAACAAGCUAUACACACUGGUUACCUAUGUACCAGUCACAACAUUCAAAGGUCUACAGACAGUCAAUGUGGAUGAAAAUUAAACCGAUUUUCAUUACAAUAAAAGGAUAAAAAGAGUUUA